AUGGAAAAACUUCCAUUGGAUUUUGGAUCUUGGGGAUGGGAAACUACCACCAAAGCAAUAGCGGGUGAAGACGAAGAGCCAACUUGGAUUAAGAUACCCGAUGACCUGUUGAUUAAGGCUGACGAAAAUCCUAUUGAAGCUAUAGUUGAUGCCGUUUAUCCUGAUUUGAUUGCUAGAUUUAAGGAUAAAAAUUACCUAAGGGAGAGAUGCAUCUUAGCACCAAAGAAUGAUAUUGUAGACCAUAUAAAUGAUUACGUGGUGUCUAUGCUUCCGGACGAAGAACACAUUUUUCUAAGUUCCGAUUCAACAAGUCCCCAGUCAUAUGAUUUUGAGAAUGCAAAGUUGUCAUACAAUCAAGAAUAUCUAAAUGCUCAAAAACUAUCCGGAGUACCUAAUCAUGUUCUUCGAUUGAAGCUUAAUGUGCCAAUAAUGCUUACAAGAAAUAUAAAUCCAAGUGCUGGGCUUUGCAAUGGUACAAGACUCAUUGUUACCAAGAUAUGUGCCACAACUAUUCAAGCUCUGAUUAUAACUGGAAGUGGUGCUGGUAGGAGGGCUUGCAUAGUUGCAUUCCUAGAAUAG